AUGUUAUAUGUGCAGUAUUCCUCCAGGAACGGGCGUUUGGAGAAGCUAAUUGCAAUUCCAUCUGCAACAUCAGCUCGAGAGUCAGGAUUUCUGCGGGCCUAUCCUCCUUCAUUAGCAGCAUUUUCCAUCUCAGUCUCUGAAUUCCUCCACUUCAUCGACACCAUAAAUCACGUGAGUGCAAAGUCGCCACCGCUGCAAGUUCUGUCGCUCGCUGGGAACAUUGUCGGCCUGGUCCCGCUGGCAACGACACAGAUGGUGGGAACGGCAAUCAACCUCGGAGCAGAGGUCGGGGCUGCGGCUGUAACAUACGGUAGAAGCGAGAUGGAGUUGCGAAAAGCGAACAAGGAGCUCUUCGGCCCGCGAGGAUUGAAGGUAGAGGUUGCGAAACUCGAUGCCGUGGCGCGAUUGACGGGGAUGCCCAUCCUAAACUCCAACGGUAGAUUCAACAAGAACAUAGCGCUACUCAAACCUCUCGACGAAUCGGAUAUGGACAUCAGCAUGGACAGCCGCCGGCUCGAGGCCCUGGGUCCAUGGAUCGCGCCUCUUGAAAUACAACGGGGCCGCCCACCAAUGCCUGCCUCUGCUUCACAAACCGAGAGCAAGUUUGGUCAGUUCCAAGCCAGGCUCGAUGAGAAAGGCAAGGCCAGAAGAGAAAAGAAAGCCGUCGCAAAACGGCACGAGUUGCAGCAAGACUACGACAAGGACUACAAGGAGAUCCAAUCCAAACUCGAGCAAGAUCUAAGUAAGCGGGAAGAAGAGCUAGCCAAGGAUUUGAAAGAAAUACAGAAAGACAUGGACAAAGCGAAACGAAAGAAAAAGCCAGACCGACAAAAUGAGGAGAUGGAAAAGUUGGAGAGGAAGAUGGCGAAGGCUGUCGAAGAGAGCGAGAAUAAAGUGGCCAAGAUAACGAGGGAGUACGAGAAGGACCUGGGGAAGCUGGAGAUGGACAAACUCAAGGGUGACAAAGAGGAGAAAAGGAUGCGGGAGAUAUUGUGGUUGGUGGUUCGCGAGAUCGAUGGCCAGGACGAGACUCCACUAGGGGCGCUUUGGCGACAGGCGAGGGAGGAGUGA